GUUUCUUUUUCAUUUUUGUUUCAAAUUUAAUUAUUUGGAAUUUUUUUGUCACCUUUCAUCUUUGACUCCUGAAUCUUAGCGCUAAGUUCACGAUCUAAGGCCUUUCUGUUUCCAACUUCUCACAGUAACUUUUAACUCACACACACAUUUAGGUGCUUUGUUACCUUUGGCGGCACCAACAUGCCAAGCUUCAGCAUCUCCAACAACGCCGCCACAUGGACACCCCCUCAAUUCAACAACUUCCACUCUCUCAACACCACACCCUUCAUCACUCUCAACUAUUCCCUCCCCAAAACGCCCUCUUUCAGGAUCCACUGUAUCCCCUCUGAACCCCUCGCCCCUUCCGAACAACCCACAUGCGAUCAACCCGUUUUUGACGGCGGUGGAGGUGACGCCGGCGAUGGCAGUGGUGGAGCCGGUGACGGGGACGGAGGAGGAGGAGGAGGAGAUGAAGAGUUCGGACCCUUGUUGAAGUUCGAAGCCGUUAUGAAAGAAGCAGAAGCUCGUGGUGUCAAGUUGCCUUCGGAUAUGGUAGAAGCUGCGAAGACCACCGGCAUUCGUGAAAUGUUUCUUCUUCGUUACUUGGAAUUACAAGGUUCGGCUUGGCCACUGUCUUUUCUGAUGCAGCAUUGUUCUAUGCUGAGAAACCGAAUGCUAGCGGACCCUUCUUUUCUUUUUAAAGUUGGAACUGAGAUUGUUAUAGAUUCUUGUUGCGCGACGUUUGCUGAAGUUCAGAAGAGAGGGAAGGACUUUUGGGCUGAGUUUGAGUUGUAUGCUGCUGAUCUGCUGGUUGGAGUGGUUGUUGACAUUGCUUUGGUCGGUUUGUUAGCACCCUAUGCUCGAAUUGGAAAGCCUUCUUUGUCAAAAGGUUUGCUUGGACGCAUUCAACAUGCUUGUGCUGCUCUUCCUAGCAGUGUUUUUGAAGCUGAAAGGCCAGGAUGCAAAUUCUCUGUGAAGCAGCGUAUUGCCACGUACUUCUACAAGGGUGCGUUGUAUGGAUCAGUUGGCUUUGGAUGUGGUAUUAUUGGCCAAGGAAUUGCAAAUAUGAUCAUGAACGCCAAAAGGAGCAUUAGGAAAUCUGAAGAUGACAUACCUGUGCCUCCUCUUCUGCAAAGUGCUGCUCUUUGGGGUUUCUUCCUUGCUGUGUCCUCCAACACUCGUUAUCAAAUUAUUAAUGGACUUGAACAACUUGUUGAAGCAUCUCCUGUGGCAAAGAAGGUCCCACUUGUUGCAAUGGCAUUCACUGUUGGUGUGCGAUUUGGUAACAACAUAUAUGGUGGCAUGCAGUUCGUAGACUGGGCCAAAUUGAGUGGCGUACAAUGAGUGUUUCCCUUGUCUACACUUUCCUAUUUCCCCUUUUCUAAAGUUCUAUCAAAGUUGGCUAGCUAUUUCUUUGUCCUUGUGGAAGGUUCUCAAUUCACCCAUCAUUUUUCAUCUUUUGGGCGUUCAGUGGUCAUUCUAAUAGGACCAUACCCCUCCACUCCUUAGUUUGUUCUUAGUUUUGUUAGAUAUGUUGAAGAGGAAAUCUUCAUAUAACUAUAAAUGAUCUUAUAAAUUAACAAAUUCUUCAUAUAACGAAGAGAGAUGUUAAUUGGGCAUUCCUUUAAAAAUAUGUUAAUUGCACAUUUAUAUGAUAUUUAUGAAUUCGAGAAAUAUAAAUAAUAUAUUUCUUU